AUGGCUAUACCGAGCUCGGCAUGGCGGCCGCUCUCGCGGACAGUUCUAGCUGUGCCGUCACGGCUCCGGACCACAUUACCUCUCCUAGCUGGUCAACAAAGCAAUCGCUUCGAUUCGUCCUUACCAUCCCUUUCCUCCGCCUCGCGAUCGUCGUUGUCCUGUUCCCCAUACAGCCACGCAAGACACAGCUCCUGGUCUGCUCCCACCCCGGCUAAUGGGCGCAAGAAGGUCACCAUCCAAACAUUACAAACCCUCUAUAAGAAAGGGGAGCCAAUCACUAUGAUCACGGCGCACGACUUCCCUAGUGGCCAUGUGGCCGAUGUCUCGGGCAUGGACGUGACUCUGGUCGGAGAUAGCUUGGGGAUGGUGGCGAUGGGCCUGGAUAACACAAGCGAGGUAAUUAUGGAGGAGAUGCUGUUGCAUUGUCGGAGUGUAGCUCGGGCAACGAAAAGUGCCUUUACUGUGAGUUUGCCUUGA